CAAUUUUUAAAGUUUUCUGACUGUAACGCAUUCAAGACUUUACUGAAUUCUAGUUCUGAAUAUCAUUCCGUGUUAAAUCUCAUGCUUGUGUUAUUUCUGAUUGUUGGCGAUUGCUUUCGGGCUGAAUGUGAAUUUACCAAAGCCUGAAGUUACAUGACCAUGGAGCAAUAAAAUGUCGAGAUGUCGGUAUCAAAUAUCAACAAUUUAAACUUCAACCUGUUACUUGACGAGAUUGAAUCUGGUAGCAGUGGAUCAUUAGCAAAUGUUAUUCGCAAGCUACGAGAGAGUGAGCUCGCAGCUUUCAAAGCCCGUAUGGGAGGUCCAACAGGGGAACUGCUUGCCAGCUUCAUAGCGUCUCUUGAUCUGCGUGCAUCAGAGCACAAUGCAGAAAUAGAAAAGACAUGCAGCUACCACUACCAAAGUUUCGUCGAUUCCACACGUGAGUUACUUGAUAUUCAACAAAAUGCAGCAAAGCUCGAAAACGACUUACAAGCGUUAAACGUAGAGCUAGAAGUAACAGUUAAUAAGUUUAGCGAAUCAUGUGAUAAGUUAGCUGCCUGUAAACUCACGUUAGAUCAUGUCAAUCAGUGUAUUGAGGCCAUUCAAAUCAGUCUUCCAAUAUUAGAACAAUAUUCUCGCAUUGAGCAAAGUAUUGCUGAUGGAAGGUAUUACCAUGCCUUGAAAAAUCUUGAAGACCUAGAACAUUCACAACUGGAUCUAAUUCGCCCGUUCGCCUUCUCCGAAAUCAUCAUUCAUCGCAUACCAAAAACAAGAGCGGGAAUUAAGAAUGCAAGUCUUGGUGAAUUAACUGAUUUUCUUGAAUACAUACGGAAAAAUUCAAUAAUUCUUGGUGCAUUUGCUAUGCGAGAAGCAGCACAAUCAUCUGGAAUAGAUAGUGAAGCGCUAUGUGAUACUUUGGCAGUUAAUGGAUACAAAGAAACACAGAACAUAAAUAAAAAAUCAAACAAAGAAUCACAACAACAAGUGACAUUGAAAUCUAUUGUUCAGAAAGGAUCCGUUAAUUUAAAUACAGAUAGUUUAGAUAAUGAAUUAGAAAUGUUAACUCAAAUUGUUACAAAUGCAAAUAAUUCAUGCCUUACUAAUGCAGAUGAUGAUGAUGAUAAGGUGGACAAUCAUGUUGACGUUGACGGUGAUCAUAACAAUGAUAAUCGUCAAACAGUAAUCAAAUCACAUACUCCAUUAAACAUGGAUGAUGAUGAUGAUAAUAUUAAUAAUAAUAAUAAUAAUGAUUGUUUUAAUAAAACAUUUUCAAAAGUAGAAGAUUUAGUCGAUUUUGGACCAGUUUAUCGAUGUUUGCAUAUUCAUUCUGUAUUGAAUGAACGAGCUGAAUUUGAACGACAUUAUUGUGCUCAACGACGUAAACAAUGUCAAUUAAUUUUGAGUUUAUCACCAAAUCAACAAGUUGAAAUGCGUAAUUAUGAUGAAUUUUUCAGUGGCAUCUGUGGUUUUUUUGUAGUUGAUGAUUUUAUUCGUCAUACAUUAUCCGGUUCAUCAGUAUUUUAUCAAACAUAUUUAGAUGAAUUAUGGGUGCAUACAGUGAAUCGUUUAGUAGAUUUUGUACAUGUUAAUGCCAAAUCAUGUAAAUCACCAAAUGAUUUAAUUAAAUUAAAAGAUUAUUUAAUUAUUUUUGAAAGAACAAUGGAAAAUUUAGGUUUUUCAAUAACUGGUCUAAGUGAAACCAUUGGUAUUGUUCAACGAUACUAUCAUAGAUUAUUAGCUAGUCAAUGGAAAUCUAAAUUUGAAACAAUAAUUGCUGAGGAUAAUUAUGAAACAAUUAAAAUAUUGAAUUCGGAACAGUUAGCUGAAUUCCUUAAAAUGUAUCCACCAGGCGAUACAGUGGAAUUUUCCGAACUUCCUUUUCCUAGACAAUUGUGCUUUUCAUGGAUGGUACCUAAAAUUUAUCAAACUGUUCGUGAAUACAUUGAUUUGUGUUAUCGAUUUUGUGAAAAUAUGGAUUUAGCAUAUACAGAACUAGAAGAUACAAUUAAUCGUGCUACAAAUUUCUUAUUUAGUCAAUGUUUAAAUACAGUUUUAACUUCGACCGUUCGUUCAUCCUUACGUCAAUUACCUCGACUUACACAAUUUUGCAUAAACUUGGAUGAGUUGGAAACAGUUUGUGGGCAUUUGGAUAAUUAUCUUCAAUAUACCUUAUUAGAUGAGGCUUCAGGUAUAACCAGUGGUCGUUUAAAAGAAGAUUUCACAAUGAUCAGAGAUGAUCAACGUGACGAUUCAAAUAUGACUGCAUCAGUUACACUAAACUCUGGAGCUAAUCCACCACGUAGCCGAUUACAAGGUGCAUCACUGUUGAAAGACAUACGUGCAUUGGUUGAAGAUCAAAUUUGUAAUCAUUUAAAGACUAGUGUUGCAGAGUUCAUCAAUUUAAAUAACUAUAAUGAUACUGAUGACAAUAAUAGUAAUAAUACUAGUAGUAGUGAAACUGUUGAUGGACGUAAUGGUGUAAGUUAUAUAACUGGUGUAAAAGUUAAACCAACUGAGAAUAUUGUACAUUUAACAUCAUGGUUGAAAUCAGUAUUCGAUUCAUUUUCAAAUCUACCUCCAAAAAUCACUCAAACUGCUUGUAUAUCAGUGUGUAAACAUAUUGCUCGUUUAUUGUAUGAUGUUUUAUUCGGUAGUCAAGUACGUUCACUUUCUGAAACGGGUCUUCAACAAUUAAGUAUCGAUUUAUCUUUGUGUGAAUCAUUCGCACGUUCACAACCUGUUCCAGGUUUAGAUCGUACUACUCUUUGGUUGAUUUUUGCAGAUUUAAGGCAAUUAUUGGAUUUAUAUCACAAAGAUGAUUGGGCUUCAUAUAUUGCAUUUCGUAAAAAUAUUAAUGGAUCGGGAAAAUUCGGCAGUGCUUAUGAUCGUGUACCUCCGAGUGUAGCAAUCAAACUGUUAGAACGUUUACGUGAUUCCGAUAAAAAACGCACUGGAUUCCUUCAAGCAAUGCGUAAAGAAGAACGAGGUCGAAAGAAAAAACUAGACGAUAUAAUUCGUCAAUUACGUGAAUUGAAUGUUACUCCUAAAAAUAAUUAAUCUCAAAAAAUGACAUAUUUGAACAGAAACAAAAAAUGAUGAAAAUUUUCUAGAAAAUCUAGAAUAAAUCUCGACAUAUAUCAUCGUUUCUUUUGUUUGUUUAAUAUAUUAUAUACAUUCGAAACAGCUUCGAUGGUUGUGCAUGAUGUUAAGUGAACCAUAAAUAUACAUAUACAUAAAUAUAUGUAUAUAUAUAGCUUGCAUUCAUUUCAUGUAAAAAAUUUUCUUGUGCACUGAUAUUUUUUUGAAUUAUUUUUUUCUUUUGUUUUCUUACUCACUCAAUCUGUACACACAAAUUUGUAAAGAACUAAUUAUUUUUUAUUUAUAGCCAAAAAAAUACAAAUGUUCAUUUUCUGAUUUACUCAGUUGGGUUUUUUUAAAAUACUCUUUACUUUAAUGAGAUGAU